AUGGCUCCAACCAAAGUAGCCCUUGCUGGUGGUACCGGGAACCUUGGCCGCGCGGUUCUGAAAGCUCUCCUGGACGCCGACUUCGAGGUGACCGUCCUCAGUCGAUCCAGCCAGAAACCCGUUGAUGAACGCGCCACGAUAAUCGAAGUCGACUACGACUCUCUUGACUCACUAACAUCCGCCCUAUCAGACCACGACAUCGUGGUGAACACGAUCGGUCGCGCCCCCACGGAAGUCGGCAUACGUCUAAUAGAUGCGGCGGUAGUCGCGGGGGUCAAACACUUCCUCCCUUCUGAAUACGGCACCGAUACGACGCACGAGAAGGUGCGAAAAGUUCCCCUCUGCGCGGGUCGUGUAGCCAUCCAAGAGCAUCUCAAAAAGGUGGCACGGGAAUCUUCUCUUUUCUACACGCUUCUCAUCCCCGGUGCCUUCCUCGACUAUGGCCUCCAGACGGGGUUCAUAUUGAACCUGGCGGGCCCGGUUGCUGAUCUGUAUGAUGGCGGGGAUCGGAAGUUCAGUACCACGACUCUCCCGGGGAUUGGGAAGGCGGUGGUCGGUAUUAUCAGGAACCCUGAGGCGACGAAGAAUUCGGCCGUCUUUGUGAGUGAGGCCGAUGUCUCUCAGAAUCAGAUGCUGGAGAUCUCAGGGAAAAGGGUCGAGACGAGGGUAGUUCGCACGGCGGAUCUAGAGAAGGAGGCAUAUGCGGAGUUGAAGAAACCGAAUCCGAGACCUGCAGUGUUUGCGGUUAAUUUCAUCCGUCUUAUUCUGUUUGGGGAGGGAUUUGGUAGCUUGAUUGAGUCUGAUAGGCUAUCCAAUGAGUUGCUGGGGUUGAGGUAUCUGACUGAAGGGGAAUUGCGAGAUAUGGUCUCCAGAUAUAUUUAG